CAGCUCCAGUGGAGGUUCAGGCUGUCGGCUAGCACGGUAGCCAUACAAGGCUUCAUGACAGAGGUUACCGGGUUGACCAGCGGCAUCCCAGCAGACAAGCCUCAGUCGGCGCCACUGCACACCGGACACCGCGACUCCAGGCAGACCCGCACCGCUGCCCCGCUCUCCUUCGUGCUCAAAGUCACUCAAUGCUGCACACCCGCUACCAGCUAAGAGACUGAUCUGACUGUGUUACUGCCACUUCAUGAUCCGAGCUAGCGUAGGACCAAAACAAGGACAAUCGCUCCAAGUUUAAGCGGCGUUGGUAUUUGACCGGCCAGCAUCCAGCAGCUGGGAGAGACACGGGCCCCGAGGAGAGCGACGGGACUCGGGGGCCAGGCAGCCAGGGCAGCGAGGGUGGUGGCUGGUUAAACUAGGGGGUCGCCUCCAGCUCCUGGUGGAUUUAUCCCCUGCCAGCUAACGGUAGCUAAGCUAGCUACAAACAGCGCCAUGGAUUGGUUAAUGGGGAAGUCGAAGACGAAGCCAAAUGGAAAGAAGCCUCCAGCAGAAGAGAAGAAGCAGUACUUGGAGCUCGAGUACACAAAAAUCCGCGUGGUGGACUUUGACCUCAAGGAGCUGGUGGUGCUGCCCAGAGAGAUAGACCUCAACGAAUGGCUAGCCAGCAACACAACGACAUUCUUCAAUCUUAUCAACCUGCAGUACAGCACCAUCUCAGAGUUCUGCACUGGGGACACCUGUCAAGCCAUGACGGCCUGCAACACAAUAUACUACUGGUAUGACGAGAGGGGGAAGAAGACGAAGUGCACUGCUCCGCAAUACGUCGACUUUGUAAUGAGUCUUUGUCAGAAACUGGUCACAGAUGAGGAAAUCUUUCCGACAAAAUACGGCAAAGAGUUCCCCAACUCCUUUGAGUCCUUGGUAAAGAAGAUCUGCCGGUACCUGUUCCACGUGCUGGCUCACCUCUACUGGGCGCACUUUAAAGAGACGGUGGCUCUGGACCUGCAGGGCCACUUGAACACUCUGUAUGCACAUUUCAUCGUUUUCGUAAGGGAAUUCAACCUGGUCGACCCCAAGGAGACCUGUAUCAUGGACGACCUGUCCGAAAUCCUCUGCACCCCCGCCCCGCCGCCAGCCCCGGCCCCCUCCACCCCAGCCUCAGCGCCCUCUCCCUCUUCACAAAACCACGUGACGGAGAGAUGAGCGGGGGCGUCGGCGAAGAGACAGCAGCCCCGGGGGUGAUAGAAGAUAAGAUAGAGGAGAGAAGGAAAGACAGCCUGGCCCCCUUCCUCGGUGCCAGCAGAACUUAAGAGACCUUCCACUACCCUUAUAUUUCGCUACGACACCAACCAACCAGCCGGAAGGAACGGGGGGAGGGUUUUCGGGGGGUUUGGGGUGGUGGGGAGGGGUUUGUCACGCCAGCAGGAAUUGGCGUGAGCGUUCCUCCCAUGGGACAAAUCCCUCCCAUCUUCUCUGCAAUUUAGACUAGGAACAAAAAAGUAUGUGUAUGUUUUAUUUUUGGUUUUAUUUCACUUUUAUUUUUGUUGAAGUUUUAUUCAGUUUUUAUUUUUUGUUGUGGCGGGGGGGUGCAGCGUGUCCAUCGGCCCCUCACCUCCCUCCAUCCUCUACCUAACAUACAGUACAGGAAGGGGGCUCUGCUUUGCUUCUACCUACUAUUGUACAGUGUUGUUAAUGUGUGGAGAAGAGGCGUCUCUGCUCACCUGCGGGCUCGUCCUUCCCUCCUCCUGCGGCGGCGGGAGGCGGCCUGCGGGCGCACGGCCACUGCGCUGGCCAGUAGGGAGCCACGUUACUGCCUGACGGGGCGAUACUAGCCAAUCACUGUUUGGGUUGUUUUAUGUGGGGAAUGAUUGAAGCGCUUCCUACUCAGGACCUGAGAGAAUACGUCACUGCUGCCAGAGAGAAGUCACUCUCUCUUUUUUUUUUUUAAUUCUCUGUCCCUUGUUCACCAGACUGCUCAGUCCCUCGUAUGACAGAUGUUGAUCGUGUUUAACCCAGCAUAGUCACGUAAUCACCCGGUGUACCCCUAACAAACAUAUCCCAGAGCCCACCUGUAGAGGGCAGCAAACACGUAGAGAAUGCCAGGGAAACUGGGAGACGGAGAAGAAAAUAUAAAGAUUGUAUGUUAGAUAUUUAAUCUGAUCAGAGAGUCGAUGCUUUGAGACAGACUGGUGCCCACAUGAGGCUGAAUCAGAGCUGUUUGCUGGCGUAAGCAGCCCCUUAAACCACCAACACUACCACCACCGACACCCACUCCAGCAACACAGAAGGACAAAGACAUGAGGUAAUGUCUGCAGGCAGAGAGAGGCAGAGACGGAGGCAGAAAGAGGGGUGGGAGUAGAUGGUGUGGAGCUGUUUAACAGUCACCAGUACUCCCAGUGCAAAACGAAAAAUCUCCACUUCUGUUUUUUCCCUUCAAAUUUGCUUUUUAAAAAGAUAAUCAGAGGAAAAUUAGCUCAGAAAUAACAAUGAUGGUAACAUUACACAUGUAUAGAAAAUGCACAGUCUGCUUGGACUUUACUGUACAAAGAAUCGCAAGCGGGUUCUGUCAGACAUAGCCUCUGUAUGGAGGAGGAUUGGGUUUAUAAUUCUCCUUUUUUAUUUAUUUUAAUUCUUUUUUUUUGCAGGGUUCUUCAGUUCUGGCUCUCGUUUUUAUGUAUUUUAAUUAUUAACUAAGUUAAAAGCAAUUUAAUAUUUUAAGCUCUGCGGAUUAUAAUCUAAUAAAAGAGAGAAAUGCC